ACUACCGACUACAGUGCGCUGGAGAGGCCUUUCUCCUCUCCGCACCUCUUCGUUCUCAUGUUUCUUUCUUCCCUUCUUCUGAGGUCAUCUUAAAGACGACGACGAAGAGGGGUUUCAAAGAACCGCUGAUCUCAAAGGAUGCAGUGAUUCCAAGUGAUUGUUGCCAGAAAGGAGGUGAAUUGGAGCAUGAAGAAGAUUGCAUCGAAGAGAAACUUCCGAGGAUUACCACGGUGGAGAUGUCAAUACCACAGAUUCUACUCCCUAUGAUGGCAGUGUCUCUUCUGGCAAUGAUGGUUGCAGUGUUUUCACGCCUCAUAAACAUAUGGAGUCGUCUCGAAGUCUCAAGCUUCGAUGGACACUGAUACGCAUAAAGAAGAACGGACGAAGAAGAUGACUGCACAUGAACGGCUUCAAAACGAGUUGUGUGCAGUAAACGACAGGCAUGUAAUGCGAGAUAGGUGUCUCGACUCUCAAGACUUCCAUUCGGUGCAGAGCUGGUUGGAAGCAGAAAAUGAUGAGCCUGUGAAGUCGUCUCUCUCGAGUGAUGCAGCGUUCCACAGCAGUUCAUACGAUGAUCAAAAUGGCAGUCCAUCAGAUGGGCUCGACACGCUCGAGCACAUUCGAAUGGAGAUACUGAGGAAGGCUGAUGAGUUGAGAGAGGAAAUCAGCGAGGUGUUCGACAGAUCUGAGGAAGGCCAGGGACGAUUUCACCUCACAGAGGAGAAGCUUCCUCCUAAAGCAAAGAAUGUUCCUCGAUCACACCGGUUCACAAACAAUGUCGCUUGCUUGCAUUGCCGUCAUGGAGAGUGCCACCAAACAUCUGUGAAGCCCACAACCAAAGCUCGGAUUGAGCAUGAAGAAGCAGGGAGCAGGCGGCGGAUGAAGCGACAUUGUCGUCCUGUUUUAGGUGGAGCUCCCUUUGUCGUCUGCUACAAUUGCUUGCAGUUGCUGCUGCUCCCCUUGGAUUUCUUCAUUGCAAGGAGAAGAUUGUGCAAGCUGCAGUGCGGUGCUUGCUCAAAAGUGCUCAUGUUUUCCUUCAGAACUCGAAAUCGCGGGGUCCCUUUCGUGCCAAUCGAGGAAGAGCAACCGACAAGCGAGGCGGAGACAAGUGCAGAUGCUACUCUCGGGCAGGAGAUAUCGAAUUCACCAUCGAAUGAUAGCUCUCGCUGGGACUCACUUUCUUGCUCAGAUGAGAAUGGACUCUCUCUUGGCAUCAGCUACUCCACGGAUGUCGAAAGGAACGAUAAGCUUCCGCCAUUUUUGCAGCUUCAUCAGCUUAUGGGCUACGGUUCGGCUACUGAGUUCUUAUACCGGGACAGCGAUGAUAUGGAUGAAGAACUUGAAGCAACUGAACCGAGCACACCACACCGCAGUAGUCCUGAGGAAGAGGAAGCGUACGUUGGAGAUGGAAUCGAGGAGACGGCCAUUGAGGGAGACGAGUCAGCAGGGCGAUCGAGAACCAGAAAACCUCCGCUGCAUGGAUUGCUGAAGAUCAUGAAGCUGAGGAUCCAGAAAACCGGAAGGAAAAACUCAGAUUAGCAAUUGGAGGAACGCAAGCCAUGAGACUGCUUUCGAACAUGUAUAGAUUGUUCAUCUUUCUUGUUCACUUGGUUUGGUUUAUGGAGGCUAUUUGGGGUGACAUCUCAGGCUUCAUCGACUCUUGACACAUCGAUGUCUUCCAUUAGGGUAAAAGCACCGAAGAAUUCUACAGAGUGGCCUGUACAUAAAUAACUGCAUUCAUUUCCUAUGCAUGAAUUACUCAAGUUGGAUAUGUUUCAACUCAUGCUUUUUGCUGUAUGAUUAUUAAAUUCUUCAAGUUAAGACGUAUAAUAUUUGUUGUCUUACUUCA